UGGUGAAAACCUUCUCCUGUCAGAGAAGCAGGGUUCUGAGAAACUUUAAAAGUUUUGUAGGUUUUCUCAUCUUAAAUCCCCUCAUGGCUUUGCAGUGUAUAUAUAUCUUACUGUUUUUUAUCAAUAGCUUUGGCUAAUUCUUUGCGAACAUUCUAACAUUCUCUAAACUGAAAUGCAAAAAUCAAAAUGGUUUUCUGGGACAAACAAAAAUCCAACUAAGUUCUUUGUCACGGUGUGCCGUGGUGGUCAACCAGGAUGGUCCUUGCGCACAAAUGUUAAUUUGGUUUCUAUUUUGUUGAUGCUGACUGCCUUCUGUACUUCACAAGGUCAGUUCUGUCGGGCUGACUGCUCACGUGUUUCUGUCCCCGUCCAAAGCAGUACAGAGCAGAAGGAGAUGCACAUUUUCUAUGUUUGCAGUUAAUGUACUUUAGUAGCAAUUUAUACUUUGUUGGUACAUUUUACAUAUUUCUACCUCUACCUUUAACACCACCCCCUCCACCUCCAACCCACCAUCUAUACCUCCACCCUCUCCACCCCCACCACCUCCUCUCCUUUCCUCUCCUCUCCCCUCCACCUCUCUCCCCUCCUCUCCUCUGUCCCCUCCUCUUCUCUCCUCUCCUCUCCUCCUUUCUCCUGUCUCAUCUCCUCUCUCCUCUCCUCCUCCUCUUCUCUCCUCCUCUCUCCUCUCUCCUGUCUCAUCUCCUCCUCUCCUCUCCUCUCCCCUCUCCUCCUCUCUCCUCUCUCCUGUCUCAUCUCCUCCUCUCCUCUCCUCUCCUCUCUCCUCCUCUCCUCUCCUCUCCUAUCAUCUCCUCCUCCUCUAUCCUCUCCUCCGUAACCCCCCCUGUCCCUGAGGUAACGCUGGCCCCGCCCUCUCUCCCCUCCAGGUGAUGGACAACACAGAGAUCCACGCGGUGCCUAACACCCUGAUGGUGGUGGGUCUGGCCUCCCUCGCCAUCACUACUUUGCGGGGCGUAUCUGCCAGGACGCGCUGGAUCGUGGCGCGCUUCCCCCGCUGGAAGAACCUCCUGAAGCCCUACUUCGGCGUGGCGUCCUUCUUCACGGCCCUCAUGCUGCUGGCCGUCAUCAUGAGCUACGCCAUGAAGGGCAGCCUGGAAGCCUCGCUGAAGAUCGGCCUGAAGAACGGCAUCCGCUUCUACAAGGACACAGACACGCCUGGCCGCUGCUUCCAGAAGCAGACCAUCGACCGGCUGCAGAUGGACUUCCAGUGCUGCGGGAACACCGACUAGGACUGGUUCGAAGUCCAGUGGAUCAGCAACCGCUACCUAGUCAGCUCCAAGGAGGUCAAGGACCGUAUCAAGAGCAACGUGGAUGCCGCUACUGCUGACGCGGUCCCGUUCAGCUGCUACCCCGCCUCCCCGCGGCCCUGCAUCCAGGCCCAGAUCACCAACAACACUGCGCACUACUCCUACGAGCACCAGACGGAGGAGCUCAACCUGUACGUGCGGGGCUGCCGCGAGGCGCUGGUGCACUACUAUGGGCUGAUGAACAGCAUCGGGGCGGGGGUCAUGUCCGUCUUCAUGCUGCAGGCGUCUGUGCUGGUGAGCCUGCGCCUCCUCCAGACCUCCAUGGAGGCGGUUGCGGGGCAGGAGAACACGGAGGUGGAGACGGAGGGCUACCUGCUGGAGAAGGGGCUGAAGGAGACGGUCAUGCAGUACGUAGAGCCGGUGCUCAGCUUCUUCAUGAUGAACAGGUGGCCGAGGCCCCUCAGGAGGGGACAGCAUAGCCCCCCCCCCACCGGACCCCCCCGGACCCCCCCGGACCCCCCCGGACCGGCCCCGGACCCCCCCGGACCGGCCCCGGACCGGCCCCUCCGCUCUCCCCCGGGGGCUAGGGACUCUGUGACGCAGGACAUCUGAAGCAGCAUUCUGAACGUUUCUUUGGAGAACACAAUAAUACACUAAAUGUUUAUCUCUUAAUGAGGGUUUAUAGUAUUGAGUUAUAAGGGUGGUAAACAACGGCUAUCAGAGAACAUAUUGAUCAUUGAUCAAAUAUUGAUUAUAUAUUGAUCAAAUAUCCAUUCAAUAAUGGACUAAAAUCCAAUAAUGGACUAUGGCCUCCAUGGUUGUGGUAUUAAUAUCUGAUUUUAAAUAUGUUGUUAAAUAUUAUUUAUUGAAUAUUAUUUAAUUUUUAUUAAGAGGUGUUUUUAAUUUAGAUGUAAGUUCAACGAAUGGUUAAUUUGUCAAUUCAAUUAUGAAUAAUGUGCUUAAAAAGAAUUGGGCAGAGUCGCAUCAAAAUAAUAUUUCUUUGAUUUACUUAAUGAAUAAAAUUGGCUGCGGAUAAUAAAUACCUUUGACUGUUGUCCCGAUGUCUUAGAUGUGCGUGGCUCACGCAUCAACCGGGAAAGACGCUUUUUCUCCAAUAAGGGCCAAAUAAUUGGUAAUACUAAUGUCACACGUGUUAGAGUGAAGUGAGUGUAAUGAAGUGUAAAGCUGACAUAGAGAGGAGGUGCAGAGCUAUAAUAAACCUUUUACCUUUUUAAUGGC